AUGAAAUUGGAGAAUAGCUCAGUGGUAACGUCUGUGAUUGUAGCAGUGAGUGAAGUAUGUUCAAAUCUCUGAAAAAUCAUACGUUCGCUAAAGGUUAUAGAUAUGCUCCCAACCACCUUUACAUAGGAGUGUCUUGUGUUUUUUAUUUAAGCACAAGCUUGAGACAUGUGAUGCACCGUGGUAUGAUAGAUAGGUCAGCACUAUAAUAUAAAAGCAGAGAGAUUUGUUGGUAUAUUCAGACAAGUCAUGCUGAAACGGAAGAAAGAAGAGAUGAUAGAAGUUCUGCAGAAAUUUCUUCCGGACUACUCAUCAACUUCGAACCCAUCAGUAGAAAAUGGAUUCUUGGUUGUUAAAAGCAGUUUACGACAUCAAAUGCUUAUCGUCUUGGGUGACCUACUUCCAAAGUCUGAGAAAGUAAUCGCAAGGUACAAUAAACACACCAUAGGACUAAAUCCAGGUCCUUUUCAGUUGGAGAAUCAGUAUGGUUUCGUAGUUUCGAGUCACCAACUAAAAUGGUUAGUUGGAUUCAGAAAACUAGCUCUGUCAAAUACAAGUAGGAAGUUAGAGGAAUGUUGUGGUUGUUAUAAACCGCAUCAGAAAACGUGAAGGCUUAUAUGAUACGAGCAACUAGCUUCAUUAAGAUAUAUCAAUGUAAAAAUCUAUGGGCC